UAGAAGAGCUCUCUCUCACCUCUAGCUCCUAUACAAUAGAAGGGUGGAGAGAUUUAUAAAAAAAGAAAAACAACUCAUAAUUCACAGGAGAGGAUUCACGAAAGAAAGGCGAGGAAAGAAGAAGAAGAAGCAGAGGUCGAUCGGUUCGGCGAUGGUCGAUGAUAUCGAAUACGUAUAUUGCUUCAUAGCUUUCCUUGUGCACUUGUUUCGUGCGCUAAGGAAGGCCUUGAUCAUGGGCCUUUGCACCAACUCUUCAACCCAUGCAUGUCUCCCUCCUCCGCCCGCACCUCUUUCGUGGAAGAGGCAGUCCGAGCCGCACAACGUCGCUCAUAAGCGGUCGAAGGAGGGCUCGGACCGAAAGGUGCACCCAGUCGCCGAAGAGGAUUGUUUCAAGCGAGAGAAUUUCGUGUCGAGGGCUUCGAGUUGCAACGUCGGGGGACAAGCUACGGUUACGGUCGCUCGUCACGAGGGCUUUACAAGAGAAAGAUGUGAAGAAGAGAAAAUAGAGAAGAAAAUAGAGUUAGAUUCUCUGUCGAUCGGUAAAGAAGGUGAAGAGAAGUCGACAGAGCGCGCAGUGAGGAAGAGGCCGGCGAGGCUGGUCAUACCGGAGAUUUGUGCAGUGUCGGAUUUUCGCAAGGCGGGGACGGAGAAGAAUUCGGGGGAUGUGAAUGCGGCGGUGGAGGUUGAAGGGAGUGGAUUUUGUUUGGCUAGUAGGAAGGGGCAUAGACAUGUAAUGGAGGAUGGAUAUGGUGUAAUUACUAACAUCCAUGGAAACUCCAAACAGGCCUUCUUCGGCGUGUUCGACGGGCACGGUGGGCGCGCGGCCGUGGACUUCGUCUCGGAGAAUCUAGGGAACAAUAUCAUAGCAGCAGUUGCUCACUUAGAGAAGGAAAAAGAACAACGUUUAGAAAUGGCAAUCAAAGCUGGCUAUUUGACCACCGAUAGGGAAUUUCUUAAUCAGGGCGUGAGCAGCGGAGCAUGCGCCGCGACGGUGCUGUUGAAGGACGGUGAGCUUCACGUCGCCAACGUCGGCGACUGCAGAGUAGUAAUGAGUCGCAAGGGAGUCGCGAACGCCCUAACGACCGAUCAUCGCCCCGGAACAGAAGACGAAAAGAACCGGAUCGAGAGCUCGGGUGGGUACGUGAGUUGCCGCAACGGAGUUUGGAGAGUACAAGACUCGUUGGCUGUGUCGAGAGCGAUCGGAGACAUCAACAUGAAACAAUGGAUAAUCUCCGAGCCGGAGACGAAGAAGCUGCAGCUAACUCGCGACUGCGAGUUUCUGAUCAUGGCUUCUGACGGGCUCUGGGAUAAGGUCACUAAUCAAGAAGCAGUUGAUGUUGUUCUGAGGCACAAUAAUAACUCCAUGAAAUCAUGCAAGGACCUCGUGGACAUUUCACGUAGUAGAGGAGGCAGGGAUGAUAUAACGAUCAUGGUGGUGGACCUCCAGAAAUUUUUACACUUAUAGGGGUUUAAUCAGAGAAAAUUAAUUAUUAAAACCAUAUGAUAAAAAUGGAUUAAUUAAUUCACCAAGCAAGCAAAAGAAGAAGGAAAAAAUAGUGCCACAACAUCGGAGAAAAUGUAAUCUCACAGCGAAAUAGUUACAGUUAAGCAUACAGAAAUACGCUUCUGAUCUAAUUUAUUGGGAUCAUAGGGAGACGAUUUAUAGUACGAUUAUUGCCUUCCAAAGAGGGUAUUCUUCGGAAAGAGCGGUUGAUAAAUAGGCUUAGAAUUGGGAAUUUGGAAAGAGAUCGGUUUAAGAGGAUAUUAGAGGAGAUAAAAAGCACAAGGGAACUUGACUUAAAGCUUGUAAAUAAUUUUCAUUCACUGCAUUUUUUUUUAUUUUUUUUGGAGAAAGUUUUGCUGCUUCUUGUAAUUGUUUAAUUUGUCAUCAUGAUUAGUAAAGUAAAUGGGGGAUGGAUCAUUGAA